AUGAAAGGAAAUGACAUCCAUUUAGAAAAGAUCUUGACUGUGUUUACAACAAUUGAUGUAUCCAACAACAUGUUCAAAGGAGAAAUUCCACAAGUUAUUGGAGAGCUUGGUGCUUUGAAGGGACUCAAUUUUUCACAUAAUCAGCUCACUAGUGAAAUUCCAAGCGCAAUUGGCAAUUUGAGGAAGUUGGAAUCUUUGGACUUGUCAUCAAACAAGCUCAUAGGAAAAAUUCCUCCAGAAUUGGCUAGUCUAGACUCUCUUGGGUACUUGAACCUGUCACAAAACCAGCUUGAAGGAUGUAUUCCUACAGUCCCUCAUUUUGACACAUUCUCAAGUGAUUCCUUUAAAGGAAACAAUGGCUUGCGUGGAUUUCAACUUGACAUUCCAUGUGUCACUCAUGAGAUAAGUCAACCGGGACAACCAAGUUCAACUUCUGAUGCUGGGUUUUUUGAAUUUGGAUGGAAACCUAUUCUGUUGGGUUAUGUGUGUGGAUUCUCAUUUGGAGCAUCAAUGUUUUGGGUUGUGAUUUUCCAGGGAAAACCGCUGUGGAUUGCAAGUAUGGUGAAUGAUCUUCUAGAGAAGAGAAGGACAAGGGUUAAUAAGCGUCACACAUAG